AUGACAUCUGCUCAAGAUGAGUCGAUGCCAGAUCCUCACUCUGAAGAUCAGACACCCAUCGGGAUCAGUGAAGAAGAUGCGCUGAAGAAUCUUUCCGGCACUGUGAGAGACCAGUCGGAGCUAGAACGAGACAUCACCAUGCAGGCCAAUGCGGCACUGAUGGAGGCUGAGGACCAAAAGGAUCGGAAUCGGAUAAUCAAACUCGAGCUGACGCGAGACCGGCUUAAAUCACAGCUUGACAAGGACAAGAAGCGUUUGGAAAAGGCUGCUGGCAAUCCAUACCAGUCUCGAACCAUUCAAAAUGAGAUAACGAAGCUUGAGCAGGAAAUCAACCAAGCUACCCUGGACAUUACUGAUUUCGAGUCUCGAAUCCGGAAGCGACACCAAGAAGAUCCGCUACACAACAUGAACCAGACCAAGUCUAAUAGGCUACCUGGAGAAAGUAAUCGUGAAUACCUCAUCCGAACUGGAAAGAUCACCCCAUUCUCCAAACUCGGAGGAUCGCGCCCUGCUGGCAUCGAGGGUCAACUGGCCGAUACUCUCUUAGAGGCUGAAGAAGAAGCUGCUGCUGAGCAACUUGGCAUUGAGGCUGGCGAAGGGCCGCAGUCUCACCAGUUACUGAGACGUCCUGGUUUUGCCGAAGAAGAGACACCAUUGCCUGUGCCCAAGACAAGUGCAGCCGAAGCCGAAUUCUCACUUCGACCACGGAAGAAGAGGAAGGUUGAGAGAGAAACUGAACGCGAGCCGUCUGCAGAUUUUCAACCGGAAGACUCAUCUGGUUCAGAAUCCCAUGAUUCAGCCAUGUGGCAACAGACAACGGAAGAUGAUCUUGUUCGCCAACAACGUCGCAAAGCCAAAAUUAAAGAAAAGGCCGCCGAGCAAGAUGCAAUUGAUCUUAGUAAGAUUGACGACGGCAACGAGGCUCAUUAUAAGAGGCGGCUCAAGGACUGGGUUGAUCGAAGAAGUCGAGCGAGACGAGCAAGGCGUCAAGCUGACUCUGCUACACACCCCGAAGAUAGCGAUGACGAUGAAAAGGAGUGGUUCAAGCCGGCUCCUGGCGUUGCGGAUCAUUACUUUACCGACGAUCUGAAACUCCCAGGCGACAUCUACCCGUCGCUGUUUGGAUACCAAAAGACAGGCGUGCAAUGGCUUGCUGAACUGUACAAGCAGAGCGUUGGAGGCAUCAUCGGAGAUGAAAUGGGUCUUGGAAAAACUGUCCAGCUUAUUGCGUUCAUCGCUGCUCUGCACUACAGCAAGAAACUCAAGAAGCCAGUCAUUGUAGUCGCUCCGGCUACGCUUCUCCGCCAGUGGGUAAGCGAAUUCCAUCGCUGGUGGCCGCCUCUGCGUGUCUCCAUUUUGCACUCUUCCGGUAGCGGAAUGCUUAAUCCUACCGCUGAAGACGAGUACGACGUGGAACACUUUAGCCCAAUGGCAACUAAAUCCGAAAAGGCUGCAAGGAAAAUCGUCAAAGGAGUGGUUCAGAAGGGCCAUGUUUUGGUCACCACCUACACUGGCCUCCAAACCUAUGCUGAUGAGUUAUUGCACGUCGAAUGGGAUUAUGCCGUUCUCGACGAAGGCCACAAAAUCCGAAACCCAAACGCUGAAAUUACCGUCACUUGCAAAGAGCUCAACACGCCAAAUCGAGUCAUUUUAUCUGGAACUCCAGUACAGAACAAUUUGACAGAGCUUUGGUCACUCUUCGACUUCAUCUAUCCGAUGCGCCUGGGAACUCUUGUCAACUUUAAACAGCAAUUUGAGAUUCCGAUCCGCCAAGGAGGUUAUGCAAACGCGUCGAAUUUACAAGUAAUGACUGCUGAAAAAUGCGCAGAGGCAUUGAAGGAGACGAUUAGCGAAUAUUUGCUCCAACGGCUGAAAGUUGAUGUGGCUGCAGAUCUUCCCGAGAAGACGGAGCAAGUUUUGUUCUGCAAGCUGACAGAAAGCCAGCGCAAAGCAUACGAGAGAUUCAUUGGCUCUGAUGAAGUCGCUGCCAUCUUGAAUAGGAAACGUCAAUCGCUCUAUGGCAUUGAUAUCCUUCGCAAGAUAUGUAACCACCCUGAUCUGCUGGACAAGUCUCUUCCGAGCAAGCCUGGCUACGACUACGGAGAUCCAAAGCUGUCUGCAAAGUUGCAGCUCACCAAAGACCUACUGCAAAAAGUGAUGAUUCCCAAUGGUCACAAGAUGCUGUUGUUUUCGCAAGGCAAGCAGAUGCUCAACAUCAUCGAAAAGUGUAUCAGGGAAUGCGGAAUCUCCUAUUUACGAAUGGACGGCGAAACACCCAUCGAUCAAAGACAACCGAUGAUUGACAAGUUCAACACUGACCCUGACAUCCACGUGUUUCUCAUGACGACAAGAACUGGAGGUUUGGGCACCAACCUCACUGGCGCUGAUCGAAUCAUCAUUUUUGACCCAGACUGGAAUCCUUCUACUGAUUUGCAGGCAAGAGAGCGAGCAUGGAGAUUGGGCCAGAGCAAGCCUGUCAAGAUUUAUCGACUAAUGACCGAGGGCACCAUCGAAGAGAAGAUUUAUCAUCGCCAAAUCUUCAAGCAAUUCAUGACAAACAAAGUACUCAAGGAUCCGAAGCAGCGAAGUUCUUACGACCUCUCUGAUCUUUACGACCUAUUUACCUUUGACAAGCAUACAGAUGCAGCUGCGGCCAGAAGUGAAGUGUUUAAAGGCGCAGAGGUGAAUCUGAAGAAAAAUGCCGAUAAUUCUGAUGCAAAGACCUUGAUGCCUAUUGGGAACGUGGGUCAAGUCAAAAAUGAGGACGAGCUGAAGAAUCUUGAUCUGGUCGCUGCGAUGGAAGAAGUCAAAGAAGACCCAUCCGCCCAUGAAGAGAAGCGUAUGCUGGAGGGUAUUUUUGCGCGAUCUGUGAACAGUGCCUACGACCAUGAACAGAUUGUCAAUGGCCCGCAGAAGGCGAAGGCCGACAUGGCUGUUUUGCGUCAAGAGGCAAACAUGGUCGCUCGACAAGCCGCCGCUCAUCUUCGGCAUUCAGGAGAAGAAGCCCGCCGAGUGCCAGUUGGUACAGUGACAUGGACCGGCGAAGUUGGCACAGGUGGUCGACCUGGUGGCAAUCGUCGUCGCGGCGGUCCAAGUUCGGCGGGCAUUAUGAGUAACCUUGCCGACCGUCAGGGAUUGGACAGCGGCAGCAGUUCUCGAUCAGGAACGCCUGGACUUGACAAAAACUUGAAGGCCAAAGACUUUAUUCCCAUGAUUAAGACAUUUAUCAAUCGACACGGGGGCAAAGUCCCGAGCAAGAUGCUGGUGGACCAUUUUAAUCCUUACUGUCCUGGGAAGAAGCAGAGCGAUGAGUUCAAGUCUGCACUGGAGAUGGUUGGAGUGUUGAAUCGGGUGAGCAGCACUGGGAGAGGCAUGUGGUCAUUGAAACCGGAAUUCAAGUGA